CCUUAAUGGACUCUAGACAGCUAGGAGGAUACUCUCGAAGUCCUCAAGGCCGUAAGCAGGGAGAGCACCUAAGAAUCAACUUUCUUCCACCAGCAGGGAGAAUGACUUCAAAAGCGCUAAAUACCAAGACUAUGACAGAAAAAAAUAUUUCUAGGACCAAGAUUUCUAAUAUUAACACUUUCUCAGAUCAAAACCUCGCUUGGUCAUUGUCUUAUGACAAUAGUGUAAUCCAGGCUCGGAUUAAAAGGGAUGAAAAUCGGAUGCUGAGGAGGCUAGAAUUAUGUUCUUUUUCUGAAAAUUUUAAGACUAAUAAAACUAUCAAGCGGAGGACUAAGUCCAAGGUUUCUCUCUAUACCAUUCCCAAAUGUGAUAGGAUCUCCACACUGAACAAUACGACAAAGUUCCUAACCAAAAGGUGAGAUAGCAAGGAUCCUUCUAUGAUGAUUGAGACAAAAGAAACACAGAGUAAGAAAGAGAUCACUAGUAAGCCGGAGUCACUGAAGUCUGAUUUUGUGGGACAGGAGGAGAAUGAGCGGAUAGAAAGGGAUUUAGGAGAAAUUUCCAGUGUUGGAAGUGCACCUGAAGAAGAUAAGGAGAGAGAAAAAGAACAAUGUAAUAAACCUUCCCAUUCACCAAGUCCAAGCCUCCAAGAAGACCUAGCAUUGAUAUAACCCAGCAUGAGCAACAUGAGAAGGAGGAUUCCAAACCUGUUAAGAUCAAUGUUGCCAAAAGGGCACCUCCCAAGUAUAAUUUCAUGCAGAGCCAGGCUAUUCAAGAGGUCAGUGAGAUAGAGGAGGAGCCAGCGGAAGAUCAACCCAAUAGAUCUGUAGUUAGGAUUGCCAGCCUUAAGAAAAGUGAUAAAUCAUGGAAGAAUAAAUCAUUUUUAGUGAAAAAUCUAAGCCGAAGUCCUACUAAGCCUCUUGAAAACUGCCAAAAGCUAAUACCUGCUAAAUAAAGGCAAAAUCUUUUUAAAGAAAAGGACAGAAAUGUUGCAGAGUAAGUUUAAAAAACCUGUACAAAGUUCGGAUACUUCAGGAUCUGAUUGGAGUUUUAUGAACCUUAAUCUAAAGAGAUCAUUAAGAGGGAUCAGGAAAGAUAAGAAAGGGUUGAUAAAGUACAGAAACCCUUCUCUUCUCACACAGAUGUUCCGUAGUAUUAACCAGACCUCUGUUAAAACUUCUUCAAAACUAAGCCAUUUUAGCUAUACAUCCAAAGUACCAAACUCACAAAAAUCUCUAGUUAUUUUUCCAAAAACUAAAAUAUAUAACUCCUCUAAAUCAAGCUCUGAAUUCUCUGCCAGUGGUAGGAGCUCUCUAAGGUCCAAGAUAAUCCGCCUUCACUCCAACAAGAAUUGGUUUCCUAAAAUCCAGCUCCAAAACCCUCCUUCAUAG